AUGGAAGAAAUCGCCGACAUCGUGGCUGGUAACCUGACAAGUAAGCAUAUAAUUCUCUAAAGAAAUUGUUUUAACAUUUGCGAUUUUCUAGACCCGGACACGACAAUGUCGGACAGUCUGGACAUUGAAACACCUCCGGAAGACGAUUUGUGGAACUCGGAUCCGGAUGUCAAGGUGGCGUUGGUGAUGACUAUCGGAAUCGGACUCGUUCUCCUCGUCAAACUCAUUUCAAAUCAGUUGAGGUCCUAUUUCAGCGACUUUUCCUGAAAAAAUCAAGUAAUUUUCAGAAUUUGGCGAAACCAACGAAAUGGACGGACCAUUGACGACGGAAUGGAGGGAUUGGCGCCCGAGCAAGUGGAGCAGCGGCGGAUCAAUGCGCAGAGAGUACGGGUUUUGAGAUUAAAAGCAAAAAAAAAACGAUAAGAAGCAGUUCUAAUGGAUUUUUGCAAAAAUUGACUUGAAAAGUCUGAAAAGUCAAUAGAAAUGCUAUUUUUACGUGUUUUCUUGUUUUUAGAGAAAAUGUGCUCGUACAUAUCGAGAGGAACAUCGAGAAAAACAGUGGAGAAAAUUCUGGAAUCAGCCGGAAAAAUAGAUUGGUAGUGAGCGCGUAGAUCGAAAAACUAAGGGUCUCGCAGCGAUCGGACAAAUAUACGGUAGAAAAUUCAAAUGAGUGCGCGUGUUGCGGUCUUUGGAUCGACUGGACGGACGGGGAGAAAAAAAAAGAGGUCAAUAAAUGACACGAGAAUCGGUUUUGCAGCGAAUAGACGAGGUGCUGCGAGUGGAGACGGAGCACGACUGUCCGAUCUGUCUGGCAGCGGCCGAGUUUCCGGUGCUCACGGACUGCGGACACAUCUUCUGUUGCCAGUGCAUCAUUCGAUACUGGCAGCACUCGAAGGCCAUCGUCUCCCCGUGCGAUUGUGCCAUUUGUCGCAGCACUGUACGGUUUUUUAGAGAAAGACUGAAUGGGAAAUUGGAAUAUUGAGUUAAAUUUGACAAUUUUCAGUUCCACAUGCUGCUGCCGGUUCGCUGGCCGUCUGCGCCGCAAAACGACGAGGUGACGGAUCAGAUUCACGAGAACAACAUGCGAAUCGACGACUACAACCGAAGAUUCUCCAAUGAUCGACCGGUCAGUCGGAUCUUUAUCGAUUUUUCGCGAAAGGUCCGCAAGACGGUGUUUUCUUGCAGGUCUUGGACUACGUCCGCGACAUUCCCGUCCUCGUGCCCUACCUCGUCCGCAACUUCUUCAACAACGACAUUUUUACGCUUGUCUAUCAGUGAGUUUCUUUUUUCUGCUGAAACUUUUUAGCUUCUCGCUUUUUGCAGAAUCCGAAUAGCGAUCGUAUUUUUCGUGGUCAUCGCCUACUUUGUGCUGCCGGUCGACAUGAUUCCAGAAGGUGUCUACGGAAUUAUAGGUACUACUUUCGAACGCUUACAGUACUUUGAUAAUACGAUUUGCUUUGCAGGACUCCUCGACGACUGCAUAAUAUCGGUUGUGCUAAUCGGUGCCCUGUUCCGCUGGCUCCGCAAUCACAUGGCCGAUCGUGGACUUGCGGCUCGUUUCUAA